GGACAACAAAAAAAGUCAAAGAGGGAAAAACAAAGGAUAUCUCUUUAAUGUCUCAGGGCUAGAAACUCAAUCAAGUCCUUUUCAUCUCUUUCUUUUGAUUUGCCGUCAUGCCACAGCCGCCACCGCCGCUCGCAUCGCCGCUUUGGCGCUCCCUGCGCGCGUACCAAAUCUUCGGUGCCAACACCGAGGUGGGGAAGACGGUCUUCUCAACGCUGCUCUGCAAGGCUGCGGCUGCGAGGACGACGGGUCGCGGCGUAGCGUUCUUGAAGCCUGUUUCUACGGGGCCGGAUAGCGAGGCUGAUGAUCGCCACAUAUCAAAAUUCGCCUCGGAUGUCUCCAACAAGACCCUCUUCCAGUAUAAAAUCCCCGUCAGUCCACACAUUGCCGCCAAGCUCUCCAACACCACAAUUCCAUCCAACGAUACCCUCCUCUUCCAAUGCAGAGACUACGCAGCUCAAUGCGCCAACAUAGGCCGGAAAUGGCUCUUUGUUGAAACUGCAGGAGGCGUUCACUCGCCUGGCCCCUCAGGAACAACUCAGGCGGACAUGUAUGCGCCUCUGCGUUUGCCUGUUGUUCUUGUUGGUGAUUCUCGCCUGGGAGGCAUCUCCCAGACGAUAUCAGCCUUUGAGUCACUUCGCAUGCGGGGUUAUGAUGUUGAGUCGGUGGUGUUGUUCAAAGAGGAUAGAUACCAAAACUUUGACUAUCUCUCAGAGUAUUUCGCAGAGCAUCAUGAUGUGCCCGUCGCUGGAGUGAACGAGCCUCCCGAAAGGAAAUCAAGUCUUGAAGAGGAUGUUCGAGCAAUGGCUCAGUACUACGAAGAACAGUCCCAAGGCAAACAUACAGGCGAUGUCAUCUCACAUCUCGAUAAGCGUCAUGAGCAACGCAUCGCAUCCUUGGAUUCCAUGGCUACUCAAGCUCUCGAGAAAAUAUGGUAUCCCUUUACUCAGCAAAGUCUACUCACUCCCAAGGACAUCAACGUCAUCGAUUCAGCCCACGGCGACUACUUCCAGACUCUCGCCCCUUCUUCAUCAUCCUCUUCACAAAACGACAGCCUCCUCCGCGCCUCAUUCGAUGGCUCAGCAUCAUGGUGGACUCAAGGCCUCGGCCAUGCGAACCCCAGACUAACUCUCGCAGCUGCCUACGCCGCCGGCCGUUACGGCCACGUCAUGUUCGCCAGCGGCAUCCACCGUCCAGCCCUAGAGCUCUCUUCAGCCCUGCUCAAGGGGAUGAACAGCCCUCGUCUUGACCGCGUAUUCUUCUCUGACAACGGCAGCACAGGUAUCGAGGUAGCUCUCAAGAUGGGCCUCCGAGCAGCAAAGCUACGAUACGGAUGGGCCAAAGAAGAGAAGCUCGGGAUUGUAGGCCUCAAGGGUUCAUACCACGGUGAUACCAUUGGCGCCAUGGACUGCUCGGAACCAAGUGGAUAUAAUGAAAAGGUUGAGUGGUACGAUGGAAAAGGCCACUGGUUUGACUAUCCGACUGUUCUGUGCAUCGACGGAAAGUGGCGUGUCAAUGUUCCUGAGGAGCUGAGACAGGCAUUGGGCGAGGACGCAGACUUCAGCUCGCUGUCAGAAAUUUUUGAUGUCCAAAGCCGAGAGCAGAAAGGUCACCAUGUUCGAUAUGAAGCUUUUAUUAGAGAAUCUUUGGAGCGACUCGUCAAACAAGGCCGCCGGUUCGGUUCGGUCAUUAUCGAGCCUGUCGUUCUUGGCGCUGGAGGCAUGGCAUUAGUAGAUCCUCUCUUCCAGCGCGCCCUCGUCAACGUCGUUCGCAAAUCCCCAGAUCUCUUCCGCAAAUCUGGCGCCGCUGCUGAAGAAACCCCCAGUGAUCCCAACGCAUGGACUGGCCUUCCCAUCAUCUUUGACGAAGUCUUCACCGGCCUCUACCGUCUCGGUCGCUUCACGUCUUCUUCCUUCCUUAACACAUAUGCUGACAUCUCCGUCCACGCGAAGCUUCUCACGGGAGGCCUUGUUCCGUUAUGUACGACGCUUGCUUCGGAGAAUAUCUUCCAGUCAUUCAGCUCUCAAGACAAGACUGAUGCACUUCUCCACGGCCAUAGCUACACAGCACACCCUGUGGGCUGUCAGGUCGCCUUGGAAUCCCUAAAUGAUUUGCAGAAGAUGGAUCACGAUGGGUCAUGGAAUUGGGCAAAGUCACAAGGCUGGAAAUCUUCCGAAACGUCUCCCACAAGCAGCCAGUCCUCUGCCAACGUCUGGUCAACCUGGCCUCGUGAUCUGGUAGAGGAUCUCUCCCGCCAAACAGACCGCGUAUCGGGCAUCUGGGCUCUCGGCAGCGUUCUUGCAAUCCACAUCAAGGACGCAUCGGGCAGCACGGGAUACUUUAGCAAUGCCGCGCAGGACCUCCGCGAUACCCUCAUUGCAGGGGAUUCGGAGGGCGCCAAUGGGUCAUGGAACGUGCACUGUAGAGUGCUUGGAAACGUACUGUAUCUGAUGGCGGGGCAGAAGACGACGGAAGAGAGCAUUGCGCAGAUUAGUUUAGAACUGCGAAAGGGACUACAGGCCUAAAUUUCGAUACUAGGAUAGAACAAGUCAAUGAUGGUGAUG